UCUAGGGCCGAAGGGCGGAGUUCUAGUCUUUUACAGCCGCGCGCGCAUUCCUGCGGCUGCGGGGACGAACGCGUAUUGCCUGUGGACCCCACGCGAGGCGCCGCAGCCACAACUACGUGUAUAAUGAAUCACAGUAUGAAGCAGAAACAAGAAGGAAUCCAAGAGAAUGUAAAGAGUAGUCCUGUUCCAAGAAGAACUCUGAAGAUGAUUCAGCCUUCUACGGCUGGAUCGCUAGUCGGAAGAGAAAAUGAGUUGGUUAAAAGCUUGUCCAAACGGAAACAUUGGAACGACCAGUUAAUAUCUAAGACUUCCAGCUCUGGAGUUGUUACUGACCCAGAACAUAGUGAAAAUAAAAAUCUUGGAGGCGUCACCCAAGAAGCAUUUGAUCUUAUGAUUACAGAAAAUCCAUCCUCUCAAUAUUGGAAAGAAGUGGCAGAAAAACGGAGGAAGGCUCUCUAUGAAGCACUUAAGGAAAAUGAGAAACUUCAUAAAGAAAUUGAACAAAAGGACAAUGAAAUUGCCCGCCUGAAGAAGGAGAAUAAGGAAUUGGCAGAAGUAGCGGAACAUGUACAGUAUAUGGCAGAGAUAAUAGAGAGACUGAAUCAAGAACCUCUGGAUAACUUUGAAUCACCGGAUAGUCAGGAAUUUGAUUCUGAAGAGGAAACUGGUGAGGAUUCUGAAGUAGAAGACUCAGAAAUUGGUACAUGUGCUGAAGAAGUUGUCUCUUCCUCUACAGAUGCAAAACCAUGUGUGUGAAAUUCAGUAAUAUUGACUCUUGAGAAAUAUACUGCCAACGUUCACCUCCACUGUAGUUCUUUGUAGCAGAGCAAAUAACUUUAUAAUGAAAACUUGGACUCAGACUUCCUUGUUUGUAUCCUGGGGCCCUAUUAUUGUAUUAAAAUACAAAUACUAUGUA